ACUAUUCUAUAAAUACAAGUGCCCAAUACAUUUUUUGAUAUAUUUUUGAUAAGUAAAUCAUACGUUCUUACUGUCUUGCAUUGUCCCUGUCACAGCAUAUGUGCUUUUAAUGACAACAUUAGACUGGAAACAAGGAAGGUGAAACGUAGACCUUGUGUGUCAUAAUGAAGAUACAAGACCACUUCGGGGGCGCUCCGAUGAAAUAACUGCCAAGUUAUCAGGAUUUCUGGCGUCUGUUCACUCUCAGUUCUUUAUUUACUCAAAACGCUCCCAUGAGGCACAGAAUCUGAGUAUGUGUGAGCAUAUAUGAAAAAAUAAGGACAUUAUAGAAGAAACGUAAGAAAGAUUAGAAUAUAUACAUAUAUAGAAAAGAAGGAGAGAUAAAAUUAUGUAUAGAAAUGUUAAAUGCACAAGAAUACAUAAUGUGCGUUUAUUAAGACACUUGUUUGAUCAAAAAAUUUUUUCCAAGAUAAGUAAAUUAAUGGACAUUUACCCGACACAAAGCGCGAAAUUGGUAAAAUAAAGAAUAGUUGUCUGAUAGAAAGAUAUGAAAGUACUCAAUAAUUUGUUGGUAUUGGCGAUCGUGCUGGGUCAAGUUUCAGCAAUAUUUACGAUUAUGGAGAAAAACCCUUCUAAGGUAUUUGUGAGCAAGCUAAAUAGUCAGCUCGUCGAUAUCAGUCAAGCAAUUUCAGAACAAAAUUACUGCAGUGACUCCAGAAUAUCUUGCAAUGGUAAUGAUAAGCAGAUCGUUGAGAUUAAACUAAUUGGUGUUAAGCUGCAUGCUUUUCCCACGGAUAUUGUCCAAAUUAGAAAUACAUUAACUAGGUUGACUAUAGCGAAUGCGGAUCUAAAAGGCAUUAUUCCAAGGGCAAUUUACUCAUUGACCAAAUUACAACAUCUGUCUCUAUCAUCGAAUUCCUUCGUCGAUCAUUUGGAUGUUAACAUUGGAAACCUGAUUAAAUUAAUCCAUCUUGACUUAAGUGACCUACGUCUGGAUGGUUCGAUACCUGAAAGUCUAUAUUCAUUGACUCAAUUGAGACACCUGGAUUUAUCAAACAACAAGCUUACUGGUCAUUUAAGUAAUAACAUUAAAAAACUGGAUAAGUUACAUUUUCUUAAAUUAAAUGACUUACGUCUGAAUGGUUCGAUACCAGAUAGUCUGUAUUCAUUGACCCGAUUGAAACACCUGCAUCUAUCAAAUAAUAAAUUCACUGGUCAUUUAAGUGCUAAAAUUGGAAAUCUGGAUCAAUUAAUUGAUCUUGACUUAAGUAAUUUAUGUCUGUGUAAUAAGAUACCUGAGGAUCUGUAUUCAUUGACCCAAUUGAAAUACCUGAAGCUAGCAAACAAUAAGUUUAAUGCUUGUCUAAGUAAUAAUAUUAAGAUGCUGAAUGUAUUAACGACGCUUGACCUAAGUAAUUUGAGCUUAUCUGGCUCGAUACCUAAUGGUUUGUAUUCAUUGGUUGGAUUGGAACACCUGAUGUUAGGAGGGAACAAGUUUAGUGGAUAUUUAAGUAGUGAUAUUAAGAAUUUACGUAAAUUAUUGUCUCUUGACUUAAGUGGCUCAAAUCUGUCUGGCGAAAUAUCUAACAGUCUGUACUCAAUAACCGGGUUAGAAUACUUGAAUCUACAAGGAAACAAAUUUACUGGUUUCUUCAGUAUGAAGAUGAUUAAAAAUCUGACUAAACUACGUUACCUUAAUUUGAGGGGAUUAAAUCUGUCUGGUGAGCUGUCUGUUGAUCUGUAUUCGCUGACUGAAUUAGAACAUCUGGACCUAGCAAAUAACCGUUUUGUUGGUCAUUUAGAUGAUGAUAUUAAGAAGUUGAACAAAUUACAAUAUCUUGAAUUGAGUGGCUUAAACCUGUCUAGUCCGAUACCUGGUGGCUUGUACUCGCUGGAUAAUUUGCGGUAUCUGGGAUUAGAAGGGAACAGUUUUAUUGGUGGUCUGAGUGAUAACAUUAGGGGGUUGAACAAAUUAAGGACUCUUAACUUAGCUAAAUCAAACCUAUCUGGUAAUAUACCUAAUGGUCUGUAUUCGAUAACCAACUUGCAGUAUUUAAUGUUAGGAGGAAACCGUUUUAAUAGUUAUUUUAUUAAUAAUAUUGGGAGAUUGAAUAAAUUAUUGUAUCUUGACUUAAAUAACUUGAAACUGUGUGGUAAAAUACCUGAUGGUCUGUACUCAAUAAUCAAAUUGGAAUAUCUGGAUCUGCGAGGAAACAAUUUUAGUGGUAGUUUAAGUGACAAGAUUAGGAAGAUGAAUCAACUAUUUUAUCUUGACUUAAGCGGGUCAAAUCUAUCUGGCCGGAUACCAGAUAAUCUGUAUUCACUGGUUAAAUUGCAACAUCUGAAUCUACAAGGGAACCAUUUUAGUGGUUAUUUAAGUACCAAGAUUAGGAGGCUGAGCCAAUUAUCUCAUCUUGAUUUAAGUAGUUCAAGUUUACGUGGUCCGAUACCUGAUGGUCUGUAUGCAUCGGUCAAACUAAAACAUCUGAGUCUGCGAGGAAACAAUUUUACUGGUGGUUUAAGUGCUGACAUUGGACAGCUGAAUCAACUAAAUCAUCUUGACUUAAGUGGAUUACAUUUAUCUGGUUCAAUACCUGAUAGUCUGUAUUCACUGACUGAAUUGCAAUAUUUGGACCUUAACAGUAACAGUAUCAGUGGUAGUUUAUCGCCUAAGAUUAUUAAUCUGACUAUGUUAACUAUUAUAAAUCUGAGUUUCAAUCAAUUGAGCGGGACUGUACCAAGUGAAAUUGGUAAGUUAACUAACCUUAGAGUUCUAGAAAUGAGAGAGAAUCAAUUUGAAGGUAAUAUUCCUGAUCUGAACCGUCUGACAAAUUUGAUGAGUAUGAACAUUAGCUCAACGAAACGCAGUUUGAAUGCAAAUUGUAAUGAUGCGAUGUUACCUCCAUCUAUCGAAAAGAAAAAUUGUUUUAUUAGACCUGUGAGUAAAUUGUGCAGUAAUGUCAUACACUGUGAAUAUAGUGAUAAGCCUAUGCCUAAGUCAUCAGUUGAUUCAAUAUUCUAUACACACGGAUUGAAGGUGGUUAUCAUAAUGUUGGUGUGCAGAACUGGAAUAGAGAUGGUGUCAAAUUAGAAUUCGGAAUUAUGAUAUAUGUGUCAUCCGCUUCUAUUCUGUCUAAUAUAUAAUAGAUUUCUGCUCUGUAUAUCUAAUAUACAAUAGAUUUCUGCUCUGUACAUCUAAUAUACAAUAGAUUUCUGCUCUGUACAUCUAAUAUACAAUAGAUUUCUGCUCUGUACAUCUAAUAUACAAUAGAUUUCUGCUCUGUACAUCUAAUAUACAAUAGAUUUCUGCUCUGUACAUCUAAUAUACAAUAGAUUUCUGCUCUGUACAUCUAAUAUACAAUAGAUUUCUGCUCUGUACAUCUAAUAUACAAUAGAUUUCUGCUCUGUACAUCUAAUAUACAAUAGAUUUCUGCUCUGUACAUCUAAUAUACAAUAGAUUUCUGCUCUGUACAUCUAAUAUACAAUAGAUUUCUGCUCUGUAUAUCUAAUAUACAAUAGAUUUCUGCUCUGUAUAUCUAAUAUAUAAUAGAUUUCUGCUCUGUAUAUCUAAUAUAUAAUAGAUUUCUGCUCUGUAUAUCUAAUAUAUAAUAGAUUUCUGCUCUGUAUAUCUAAUAUAUAAUAGAUUUCUGCUCUGUAUAUCUAAUAUAUAAUAGAUUUCUGCUCUGUAUAUCUAAUAUACAAUACAUUUCUACGUUAUCCAA